AUGCGAUUCCUCUAUGCUCUGAGCCUGGCAGGAGCUCUUCUCCUCAGGGGAGCCAUUGCUCUCGAUCCACGCCCAGUCGAAAACCUUGGCCGAGGUGUCGUUGCCGUCCGCGCAAGCGACGAAGACAUACUCGUAACCUGGCGCCUGCUAGGUCUCGACCCCGAAGAUAUCGCUUUCAACGUCUACCGCUCCACCGGAGACAAUGGCGAGGCCGAGCUCCUGAACGAUGAGCCACUGACCUCAAGCACCGGAACAAACUACCUUGACAGCACUGCAGACCCCUCGCAAGCCAAUACCUACUUCGUGCGCCCCAUUCUCGACGACGAAGAACAAGAAGCUAGCGGCACUUUCACGCUCCCAGCCGAUAACACCGUCGAGCCCGCCAUCCGUAUCCCAAUUCGCGAUUCAGGGCCGUUCAAGUUUGUCUGGGUGGGCGAUCUUGAUGGCGACGGGGAAUAUGAUUUCGUCAUCGAUCGGAUCAACACGCAGCAGAGUCUCGAGGCGUACACGUCGAAUGGAACGUUUUUGUGGGAGCUGCAGUACGGACCCAAUAGCGAAAACCAAAACAACAUUGAGCCUGGCUCAACCGCGAUUUCUGUCGGGAACUGGGACGGUGUAACUGUGUUUGAUUUCGACAGUGACGGGUAUGCUGAGGUUGCCGUGCGGAUUGCGAACGGAGUUGUGUUUGGGGACGGCGAGGUCUUUGAGAACGACAACGAUGACGAACAGUGGGUUGCGAUCCUUGAUGGCCAGACCGGAAGCCUCAAGGGAACAAGCCCCAUCCCAACGGACUUCAUCGAGGACGGCCCACUCGCCGCCCGAUUUGGAGUCGGAUAUCUAGACGGACUGCGGCCACAUCUCGUCGCAUUCAUGAAGAACCGCCAAGAUGGCGGAGCCUUCAACCGCGUGAUUGGAGCAUGGACUUUUGAUGGCACCGCUGUCACCGAAGAAUGGAUCUCCCUUGGCGACGACCUCGUCGGCCCAGACGGACACAACACCCGUAUCCUCGACGUCAACGGCGACGGGUACGACGACGUGGUUGAGAUCGGCUUCGUACUCAACGGACCCGACGGGACCAACCUGUACACUAUGCCCGACAUCGUCGUGCAUGGAGACCGGUAUUACAUUGGGAAGUUGGACCCUGAAAGAGAGGGCUUGCAGGGCUAUGGCAUCCAGCAGGAUAACGAGGAUCUUCUGAUGGAGUACUACUAUGAUGCUGCGGACGGCACGUUGCUCUGGGAGCAUUUCGGCACUGAGGUCGGUGACGUGGGCCGUGGCCUCGCAGGUGAUAUCGAUCCCACGCACCCCGGAUAUGAAGUAUGGUCAUUCCAGGGAAUCUACAACGCGGCUUCAAAUGAGACAACAACGGACGACCCCGAGCUUGCCCCCUGGCCGCAGAUGGGCCUCUUCUGGGACGGGGACGAGUUGAUGGAGUUGUACAACGACGGAAAGUUCGAGAAGUGGGAUUGGGAGAACCCGACGACCUCUACGUCUCUGCCGCGCUUCUUCAGGGUAAGUACCUACGGCGCAAAGAACCCGAACAACUACAACCCCGGGUUCCUCGGAGACAUCCUGGGCGACUGGCGCGAGGAGGUUGUUGUGACCAACGACGAUUACACGGAGCUCGUCAUCUUCACCACGGACCAGCCCUCGGAUAUCAGGUUGUACACUCUCGCGCAUAACCCCGCGUAUCGCAACUCGAUGACGCUCCACGGUUACAUGCAGUCGCACAGCUUGGAUUACUACCUUGGGAAUGGGAUGAGCACGCCUGCGCAACCGAACAUCAAGUAUGUGGAGAAGUAG